UUCCUGAUCCCAAAGUACACACCUCUCUUUACCCCCACAACCACACAGAGUCCGUACCGCAUUGCUCUGCGGCGAGCUUCUGUCAUCAUGUCGGAGUCGCAUAGCGUCAGCGGCGCGAGUCCCGCGUACACCUUCGUCGAGACUCCCGCGCAGCCCCCCUCCAACACCGAAAAGCCCAAGGAGGAGUGUGGUGUUCGCACCACCACUUUCCCCGCCAUCAAGAAUGCCCCGCUGCCCGCCGAUGCUGCCGGUACCGAGAGCUUCUCCAACCUUGCGCUCUUCAGCAUCCUCUUCGGUGUCCCCUACUACUUCUCAUGGAAAGUCGGCGGUGGCUUGAAGACCACCCUCUUCUUUGCCCUCUUCACCACUGUCCCCCUGCUUGCCGGCUUCUGGGUGGCCCAUUCCAUGUUCUCCCCGCGCAAGAAUGAAAAGGCCAAGUUCCCCGGUCGCCCGGUGGAGCACUACCUCACCUUCAAGAACCCCGAGGACAAGCUCAAGUACAGCGGCAAGAACAAGAUCCCCAUGGAGACCUUCCACGAGAUGUACUUCAACGAGGAGGUUGACUUCAACGGCGAUGCUCUCGACAUCAUGGAGUACCGCCACGACUGGGCCAGCUUCCGCUUCACUUAUGGCCUGAUCAAGUUCUUCGUUACUGGCAUGAUCCCCGAGGUUCUCAUGCACACUCGUUCCCAGGAUGAGGAGCAGGUUCGCGACCACUAUGACCGCGGUGAUGACUUCUACUCCUGGUUCCUUGGCCCCCGUAUGAUCUACACCUCUGGCAUCAUCUCGGACCCCAACAAGGAGGAGACCCUCGAGGAGCUCCAGGAUAACAAGCUUGCCAUUGUUUGCGAGAAGGCUGACCUCCAGGAGGGCGAGAGACUGCUCGAUAUCGGCUGUGGCUGGGGUACCCUCGCCCGCUUCGCCAGUGUCAACUAUGGUGUCAAGGCUACCGGUAUCACUCUCGGCCGUAACCAGACCGCCUGGGGUAACAAGGCUCUCCGCAACGCUGGCAUUCCCGAGGAGCAGAGCAAGAUUCUGUGCAUGGACUACCGUGAUAUCCCCGUUCCUGAGGGCAAGUACAACAAGAUCACCUGUCUCGAGAUGGCUGAGCACGUCGGUGUCCGUCACUUCAAGGGAUUCAUGAAGCAGGUCUACAACAUGCUCGAUGAUGAUGGUAUUGCCGUCUUCCAGCUCGCCGGUCUCCGUAAGAGCUGGCAGUACGAGGAUUUGAUCUGGGGUCUCUUCAUGAACAAGCACAUUUUCCCUGGUGCUGACGCUUCUACUCCUCUCGGCUGGUACAUUGAUCAGUUCGAGAAGGCUGGUUUCGAGGUUCGCGCUGUUGAUACCAUUGGUGUCCACUACUCUGCUACUCUCUGGAGGUGGUACCGCAACUGGAUGGCCAACCGUGAGAAGGUUGUUGCCAAGUACGGCAAGAGAUGGUUCCGCAUCUGGGAGUUCUUCCUUGCCUACUCUACCAUCAUCGCUCGCCAGGGAUCUGCCACUUGCUACCAGAUGACUCUGGUCAAGAACCUCAACUCUGUCCACAGAGCCGAGGCCAUCCACACCCAGCAGGGUCUGCUCGGUGCUCUCAAGAACACCCGCGCCAACCUCGAGGCUUGGGCCCAGGCUAACGCCGUCGAGUUCCCCACUGUCCCUGCCAACUAGAAGCGGCAAAGGACGACAGAUGGAUCGAAUGUUCAUGGCGUUUUCAAUGCUAUCCACUGGCCAAGCUAGGAUCUUGGCCAUGAUAUGAAUGAUCGCGAAAUGAAGGUUAGGUUCUCGCAUAUGCUCUAGAUCUAUCAAAGAGAUCAGGUCGUGUGGAAAAGAGUUUGUACCCUCGGACAAGUCACGGCAUACCGGGAAAAUUCUGUUAUGUAGACUUAUGCGUGUCUGACAUGACUGUAUGGGAUUAGACAAAACAAAAGAGAAUGAUAUGCACUGGCCACACAAGGUGGUCUAUGUAGGAAUAUGGUUAAAGGAGGCGAGCAUAGCCUUGCACAAUCACAUGUUUGAGUAGCAGUUUUGCCGCGAAUAGACCUAUGGACAGAGCUAUCUUGGAAGUUGUCAUCAACGUGGCUGAUAAGUGAUGUUAUAUAGUGUACCAUUAUGUAUCAAAUGCUCAGAGUCCGUUGGGCUUUCUAGAUCAUUACUAAGAGCUUUCCUUACAUUCGAAUGG